AUGCUACGUACAACGUUGUUAUCUUUGAUACUAUUGGUAUCAUUAUCUUCAACAACAUUACUUCGUAAAACAAUUUCACGUCGACAAUCUGAUCCUACAUACUGUCAAGCUAUAGAAGGUUUUGAUUGUCAAUGUUCAAGUCAGCGUGUAACAUGUACAACGGAUCGUGAUUUACCACAACAACUUAAUGUCUUAGCAGGUGAACAACAUAAAUAUCCAUCAGUCGAAUUAAUUAUUAAUGGUGAACGUGAUCAUAAUGUUAAUGAUUAUACAUUUGAACCGGUCAAACAAUUAUUUAAACCUGAUUCGGAUAAUUUGGAAUGUCGUAUUAAAUUUGAAAAAUUUACUGGAUUACAUUUAUCAUCACCAGGUGUAUUCAAUCGAAUAUUUCCUGAGAAUGCAUCACCAACAGCUCGAAAACAUUUGGCAUUGGAAAUUUACAAUCCACUUGUUCAACCAAAUGAUAAUGUCAAUUUAUUUGCAAAUUUAAAUAUUGAUUCAUUAGAAUUGUAUGUUUUAUAUCCAUUUCGUGGAACAUUUCAACAAUUAUUUGCUGGAGCAAAUGUUAAAUAUUUACGUUUAAGUGGUGGAGAUAUCAAAUCAGAUUUAUCUCAACCAUUUACAGGAAAUAUUGGUCGAUUAGAAUUAGCUAAACAGGCUGGUCAAUUGAAUGUACAAAAUUUUCCUAUCUAUCCAGCACAUGAAUUAAUUAUUGAUGCUUUCUAUGUUACUGAUUUUAAUAGUGAUAAUCCACCAAAUUAUUCAAAUUUAGGUGAAUUACGUAUUUAUAGUCAAGAACGUAUACCAGCUAAUGCUUUUCGAAAUUAUCCAAAUUUACAUACAUUAUCUGUUACAACUGAAAAAGAUAUUGAUCCACAUGCAUUUGUUGGUUUAAAUAAUUUAGAAAAAUUAACUAUUAAAGAUACCAAACCAUCAUUAGAAAUUUUAAAUAGUCUACCUAGUCUUAAAGAAUUUCAUACAAAUCUUGAAAAACUUGAUGACAGAGAACAAUGUCAAUUAAUUGAAAAAUUGGGUAAUGGACAAAUUGCUGUACAAGCUAUUUCAAGUGGACGUGAGUGUACAUGUGCAUCAGCUUAUUUGGAUGCAGCAACUGGACGAUAUCCAUGUGAUGCUCAAAAUUGUGACCAAUCAUCCUGUGCAACAAUUAAAAAUAAUUAUGAUGCAACAACACGUACAUUCAAAGCACCACCAACUAUCAGCCGUUUAGAUGGUAGUAAUGCAUUACAUCAACGUGAAUCAAAAGUAUAUACUGCACCAUUUCAAAUAACACGUCAAGAUCAAGAAAAAGUUCAACAAUCAGCACCCCAACAAACAAAUGAUCAACAAGGUGAUGAACAACAACAACAACAAGAUAGUGCAACACCAGCUGGUCAAACGAGAAAACGACGACCAAAAACAAAACAACCAACUACACCAAAUUAUGAUCAACAUCAAAAUCCUGCUGAUGGAAAUUCGUGGCAAUCUGGACAAGCUGAUCAUCCUUAUCAUCCAGACAAGAAAAAAGAAACUUUUAAAAUGGUUUCAGACUAUCGAUCACCAAUAUAUUCUCAACAUAUUAAUAAUAUACCUGGAACAGAAAAUGAAUAUCCACCAAAACAUUUUAUAAGUCCAAAUGAACGGAAUAAUGGAAAAUCACAGGUUCCCUGGGACUAUGAAUCAUUUGAUUACCGAAAUCCAAAUGCAAAUCCAAAUGAAGUUAAUGAUCAACAACCAUCAGGUGAUGGCGGUGAAAAUCAACAAGGAGGAGAUGAUACCGAAAAUCCUCAAGCUGAAAAAGGUGCUGAAACUGGACAAGGUGAAGGUGGCGAGCAUGAACAUCAUCCACCAUCUGAUCCAAAUCAAUCGAAAGAUGCAGCUUCAGCUGGAAUGUCGGAUGAUUCAGCACCACCACCUAAGAAAGGACUCGGUUGGUUACCGAUCAUACUUAUUAUUGCAGCAAUAGCUGGUCUCUUACUUAUUGGCUUGAUUAUAUUACUUAUACGAAAACGACGUGCUUCAGGUUAUAAUGCAGCAGCAACUAAUGACACAGCUGCACCCAGAGCAUAA